AUGGAAGACAUCUCACUGAGGCCAAAUGAGGCGCCCAGUCCCGGAAUCUUGUUCGGCCCAAGACGAUCCCCUCAGGGGCUUGUUGAUCGAAGAGGUCUAAGGACUAGUUCCCUGGACUGGAAGCGAUAUUCAAGUCCUCAGCGCCACUCAUUUGAUGCCAGAACCAACACGCCCACUCACUCGCGAACUGUUAGUUCAGGUUCAAGUACCCGGUACGCAAGGGAUAGUCUCAUGUCGCCGGUCCUAUAUGCACGAUAUCUUGAAAAUGACCCCUUCACACAAGGGCGUCACCAUUCUUCGUCAACAUCUCAGGAGAAACUGACUUUACCCACCCCCAUUCCGGAUUCCCCUACAUUGGGUCACGAGCAUGAAGAGUCGGAUCUAUUUGCUGAUACUAGUAGAGAUGAAAUCCACGAGCAGCAGUCUUUUGAUCUCCUCAAGACAUAUAUGCGGAGCAGGAGGAACCGUACGAAACAUUCCAAUGACGGAACCGCCCCCCCUACCAGCGCCAAUCAAUCUGCAACCAAGACAUUGGGUUCUAGACAUCGCGGGGUGCACUGGUACAGCUCCAGCUUCGCUUUAAACAAAGUCAAGAGCCACGAGGCGUUCACGUUACUUCCCCAGCCAUCACCGGCCAGCAAUCAACACAUUCCUUCCAGCCGGCCGCCAGAUGUUAACACACUACCUCUAAAUUACCCGUUCAGGAAACCCGCCAGAACGUGCGGUAUAUCAGAUAAAUCUACGGCAUUGGCUUUACAAAUAUUCGAUACAACGUCACGACUCGCGUCGGUGGCAAACAAACGCGACUCUAUCCUCUCCAUCACUCCCCCACCAAACCAAUCAUGCGACGCGCAAAAGCAAUCCUGUGUUCCUAAACCUUCCAGGCUUGGCAGUCUAUUCUCUCGGCACAUUCGAAGCGGAUCAUCGGGCAGCAGCGCUGCAGAAUUCCAAGCCCCCGUCGCAAAUGCAUCUAGUACCAACGAGAAGGCGCCCCGAGACCCCGGGAGCAGUCGGGAUCACGUGGAGUUGCAGGACGAAAGUGCCAGUGUUUACAGUCAACCGUCAGUGUUGGAGACGCAGGUUCAAGAACAGCACCCGAGAGUCGCUUCGGCAGGCAGCUAUUCCAACACGACCAGCACCAGCAGCAUUGCUGGGAUUCGAGACAAGUUGAAGCUGAGGAUGGCGCCGUCUCAGGUGAAACAGCAACCGGGCCUGUAA